GAAAAGGCCUCUUUUGUCAGUUUGGUUUUGGAACAUGCCUCUUUGGAGUGAAACGUCCGGAUUCGUGCGUCCGUGCGUCACCUGACGUCGCCAUAAUGACUCACCUGUGGAGAGCAGGUGGUUUCAUAGUGAGCAGGAGAGUUCUGCCCAAGCUGACUUGUGGCCUUCACUGUGUGCGCAGCCUGCAGGGAUGCCUCUGAACGCAGGAGAGAGCGGCUACGGCAGCGCGCCCGGUGGGGGGCUGGCGGGGGCCGCGGGGGCCUCCGAGACUGCGCCCCUGCUCAUGCCGGAGCCGGAUCCGGAUCAGGAGCCGGGGCCCGGUCACCAGUGGAAGCCCAUGAGCAGGGAGGCUCUGGAGGCCGCGGCGGGGGGUCCGGGCUGGAGGAGGGUGCGCUGCUACCUGGUGGCGCUCUUCUGGCUGGCGUGGCUGACCAUGCUCGCCGUUGCCGUCGCCAUAGUGGUGGUCAGCCCCCGGCCGGUCGGGACGUCGCUCAAGUGGUGGCAGAGGACGCUGUACUACCGGCUGGAGCCCGACCUGUCCCCGGGGGCGCAGGCCCAGGGCCCGGGGGGCGUCGACGGGGUGUGUGAGCGACUCCCCCACCUCAGGUCUUUGGGUAUCGGGGCUCUGAUCCUGGAGGGCGUCUUUAUCAAGAGGACAUCUUUCUCCAACCUCACUGUCGCCACCAAAAACCUGGAAACACUGGCUCAGAUCCAACGCCUGCUCAUAGAGAGUAAAAAAGCAGAUCUCAAAGUGAUGCUGGAUUUCUGUAACGCUGAACCGUUUGCGCUUCAGGAUGUAGCAGGAGCUCCGGACAGGCAGUCGAACCACUCGGGAAAAGUCCAGCCUGCUUUGAGGUUCUGGUUGGAGCAAGGUGUAGCGGGUUUUGUCAUAUGUGACACAGAUGCAUCUUAUUCAGGAGAGACACUGCUGGAGUGGAGAGGUGUUCUGGAAGAGUUCAGCUUACAGGGGGAGGAAAGGAUUGUGGUGGUGAAACAGACCAGAGAUGUUUUGCAUCCACCGGAAGGAUCUGGCCGGAGCAACUUCACGCUGGUGGACGUGGUCAUGAAGUCCAUUCUGCCGUUCUCAGACGAACGUCUGUCAGCCCAGGAAGUGGCGAAUGCUAUAGAAACACAGCUGCAAACACAGGAGGAAGACGUAUGGCCAAGCUGGACUGUUGGAGGUGAGGCCCCUCAUCAUUUGAAGAAGUUACUGUUGGUGUUGAUGAUGACUCUGCCGGGGUCUCCUGCCUUCGAGCAUAACGUAGAGAACGGCCCCACUCAGAGCAAGCCCCUGGCAGGAGGGUUAACGCACGGGGAGACGAAUGAGACGGCAGAUGCUAACGGACGCAAAGCGAAGACCAAGAGUUCAGCAGCGGCCCUGUUCACCACUCUCAGCCAUUCCAAAACCAGGGAAGAAGCACUCCUCUAUGGCAGUUUCACCCUCCUGCCCUUCAACACCUCCUCAAACUUUUCUUCCUCGUCCAACUCCUCCUCUGCUCCCAUCCUGGCUUUCCUUCGCUCCUGGGGGUGCGUAGAGUUUCUCGUACUGCUCAACGCCGGGCCCGAGCCUCACCGCCUGGAUCCUGCCUGGGCCCCGAGCCUCCCUGAAAGGGGGGUGUUUGUGGCCAGCACGGGGAUGAAUCACCUGGGGCCCACGUCCCUGCACACACUCUCUCUGCAGCCCAACGAAGCCAUCGCAAUCAAACUGUUCAAGGCGGGGAACUACUCGUAGGGUUGGAGUGUUCGGCCAUGUUAAGAUGCUGCCAUGUGAGCUUUUGUUUCAGACUGAUACCUGAAAGCUUGUUUUUAAGUUUCAUAUGUGAAAAUAAAAUGACUGUGUGGC